AACACGGGAAAUUUGCCGCCGUCCCAAUGCCCAACCCAUGACUCCCUCCUCCCCGUCGCUCCGCCGCCUUCUCUUCUCCCGGCGCCACCCCCUCGCUACGCACCACCAUCUCCGCUGCCGCCACAGCCUCUCCGCCCCCUCAGCGGCCGCCGCCGCCACCCCAGCUCCAUCCCGCGACCUCGCCGCCGCCGUCCACGGCGCGACCGCGGCCAAGAACUUCGCGCACGCUAUCCGUUUGACGAAAUCCCUCGUCCAGGCCUCCUCUUCAUCACCCGGCCGAAGCCCCGCCUCCACCGCCCCCACCGCCGCCGAAGCAGCCUUCGCCGCUCUCGCCUCCACCUCCAACUCCCCGGCCCCAGCGCUCGGCGUGCUCGUCAUCGCCCUCUGCCAGAUGCGGCUGCUCGACGAGGCGUUGUCCGUGUUCCGCCGCCUUCGGACGCUGCCGGAGUUACCGGCGUGUAACGCCAUUCUGGACGGGCUCGUCAAAGCCCGCAGAUUCGGGUGCGCCUGGGAGCUGUUCGACGAAUUGCUUAGCAGGGGGAUGGUGCCAAGUGUGGUGACGUACAAUACGCUCAUCAACGCGUGCCGGCAUCAGGGUGCUGUGGCGAAGGCUCAGGAGGUGUGGGAUCAGAUGGUGGCGAGGCAGAUUGAUCCGAAUGUGGUCACAUAUACGACGAUGAUAUGUGCGCUUUGUGAAGAGGGCUGCAUUGGUGAUGCUGAGCAGGUGUUUGAUGCAAUGAAGGAAGCAGGGAUGCAGCCUAAUCUGUACACAUACAAUGUGCUGAUGAGCAGCCAUUGUCAGAUGCAUGAUGUCAAUCGUGCAUUUGUGCUGUACCAGGAACUGCUGAAGAGUGGCCUCGUUCCAAAUGCUGUUAUCUUUACAACCCUGAUUGAUGGUUUCUGCAAGGCGAAGAGGUUCAGUGAUGCAAAGGAGAUGUUUCUUAACAUGCCCAGGUUUGGGGUGGCUCCUACAGUUCCUGUGUUUAACAGUCUGAUGGAUGGAGCUUUCAAAUCUGGAAAUGCACGAGAAGCAUUAGCAGUUUAUCAGGAGAUGACUCACCUAGGGUUGUCCCCAGAUGAGUUCACCUGCAGCAUAGUUGUGAGAGGCCUUUGUGACGGAGGGCAAAUGGAGGUAGCGGCCAGGUUCCUUGAAGGAGUGAGGCAAUCUGGUGCUAAUCUGAAUGCAGCUGCUUACAACGCACUGAUUGAUGAGUACUGCAAGAAAGGGAAUUUGGAGGAAGCGCUAGCAACAUGCACAAGAAUGACUGAUGUUGGAAUUGAGCCCAAUGUGGUGUCAUACACCUCCUUGAUAGAUGGGCAUUCAAAGAUAGGGAAUACGCAAAUAGCAAUGGCUAUAUACACUGAGAUGGUGGCUAAGGCGAUUGAGCCUAAUGUGGUUACAUACACUGCUCUUAUCUGUGGCCAUGCCAAGAAUGGUGGCAUAGAUGCUGCUUUUCGUUUGCAUAAGGAGAUGAUAGAGAAAGGUAUUUCACCUAAUGCUAUUACAGUGUCAGUUCUUGCUGAUGGCCUGUGCAGAGAGAAUCGGGUUCAGGAUGCGGUCAAGUUUGUGAUGGAGUACUCAGGGAUGAAGUAUAAUGAUCUUCAUUCUUUCUUCUCAAACUCUAUGACUGAAGAAGACCAUUUGAUUCCAAACUGUGUGAUAUAUAUGACAUUGAUAUAUGGACUCUACAUAGAUAGCCAACACUACGAAGCUGGUAAGCUCUUCUCUUAUAUGAGAAAGUCAGGUAUGGUGCCUGAUAGUUUUACCUAUACACUGCUGAUUCGUGGGCAGUGCAUGCUUGGUUAUGUCUUGAAUGCCAUGAUGCUCUAUGCUGAUAUGGUGAAGAUUGGUGUCAAACCAAUCAGGUACAAGACAGUCUGCCCUGAGAUUUGGUCACGGGUACCACUGAAUGACACCAGAACUUCUGCAAGUUAGGAAUCAGCUUUCAACUAAGAUUCAAGCCUCAUCGCUAUCUGUCCUACUGCAGCCUACAGAUGAUCAUGUGGAUGAAAAUAUCACGUUGUUAUGAAGGGGAAAUAGCUGAUUUUGGCCAUGAAGCCCUACAGAAGGUGCUGGUUGCAAACUGACAUGCCAACCAUGUGCCCAUGUUUAGUUAGGCUAAUGGAGUAGCAAAUCCUCAAAAAAAAAAGCAUUGAGGUGUUCACAAUUUCAGGAACUAUCCAAAGUCACUUUAAUUGAUGGUUGACAGGUAAUAUUAUUUCUUCUGUUAUUUAACAUGCCUUCCGGAUCUCACAUUAAUGCAUAUAUGUUAUUUGGCUCAGCCUGCUGGAUCUCAGAUACAAUCAAUUCAUGAUUGAAAUAACUUAAUUUCUUAAGAUUGGGAUUCAAAAUGUUGUAUGUCAAGAUAUCUCCACUUAGUUUUUUUACCUUGCAUAUAAGCAUGCCAACUUGUGCAUAGGACUGCACAUGAAAUUUUGGUUACUGGUAGGUUAGUGUAGCAUGCCAAAACUAAUAGUGCAUUAGUGCCUGCAGGACAUGCUUAUCUAGGUCAACUUUCUGCAUCUAUUGAAAUGUUCUGUUUCAAUGGUUGGAACUUGAAAGCUUAUCAAAUCCAUCUAGUAUUGUUUUCUAAGUCUGAUAUGCACCAGUCAUCUGUUAUAAUGGUAUUUUAGGAGAUACGAGUAUACGACACGACACAUAUAACAAGCAACUAUUGUCAUGUCAUAAUGACUACACUGAGACUGGCCUUAUGUGCAUUUAUAUUUUUAUAAUUUUUUAUAUCCUUAUAGGAAAAAUGAAAUAUUGAAUUUAACAUUAUUUGCCAUUGUUACCAUACUGUCCAAUAACUUAACCCUGUAACCUUAAUGAAAUAAUGAACUUAACACUGUUUUCCAUUGGACACUACAGUUCAGUUAUUUCGUAGUCAUGACUGACAGGAUGAAUUGUUAACUAUCGUCUAUCCACAUUGUACAAGACAUUAAACUACAAUAAACAUGAACUGUCUUUCUGCUUGUUCAAUUAAUUGCUAAUUAUUGUACUUCCUGACCUUCAAAGAUGGAAAUGGUAAUUUAAGGUCUAUGGCAGCUAGAACUAUAGUGAAUCAAUUUUGUGUCUUAAUUUUACGAAGAAAACCCAGGGGAAGGACUGCCUUCACGACAUUGCUUUAAGAAGAAACCUAACCACUUCUGGGUCUACAAAAGACCCCGAAGGCUGCCCCACCCAGGCGGCGCUCCCUGCGCCAGCAGCUGAAAGUAGUUUGCACAGCGAGGGCCCUUUUUCUAAUCCAGCUCUAAUUCGCUCCCACUGGGAUUCAAGCUCCCGGGCCUGCAAGGUGCUACUCAGGUGCUCUUAACUUCACUAAGAUCACAUUUUUUUUAGGCUUGAGGUUGGAGCUACAAGGUUGGAUAUUUCUAGCCAAUCUAAUUUAACAAUUUUUUAAUAAAAUUGUGUUGGCAAUCCUAGUUAGCUUAAAAUAUUGUCUCGCUUGCUUAGUUGCCUUAGCAAGGUUGAGUCAGGGCACAUUUGGCUGGCUUGCCUUGCCAACUCGCCUCACUUGGCAAGGCUAGCCUUGCCAUUGUCGCAGAGUGGUUUUCACUCAGCGGUGUUGCCAAUGGAAAUACUGGAAGUGCAGGAAACAAGGUAGCAAGCAAGGCAACCAAACACUGCAUUUAUUGCCCAGCCAGGCAAAGCAAGCCAUGGGGGGCAAGGGAGAUCCAAACAUCCCCUCAGUUGCUUUAGAAAAUUUAAGAGGGUUUCUUCACUCUUCAGACAAAUUAUCAUGGGAGUAGUUGAAAGUAAGUAUUGUGUAGUAUGAUGCUCAUUCAGUCAUUCUGCACUGCAAAUUACAAUAUUUAUAGCGUACCUGGAGAUCUUACAUAGACAGAAAGAUUGUAGAGCUAAUGUUAGUUUUGAAUGAUUACAGCAAAAGUCAGGGUUUAACCAGGUUUGAGCAAAAUAGCCCCGUGGCCAGCUGUUUCUGGCUCACUCGCUCCCAUUGCCCUUUCACCACCAUUUGUGGGGAUUGAACAGUAUGUGAGUAAUAGUUGUGUUUAACACUAAUUCUAACUAUUGAAUGUUUAUCUAUAGUGCAUGCCAUAAUGAUAAUUUAUAAUUAAUGCAAGGGUAGAAUUUCUUGCAGCAGUGGCUUAUGCAUCAUCCAUUUGGUUCGAUUUGACGUAUCUCACACAUUGUCAAGUUGAAAGUCUCCAAAGCAAGCUUCCCGUCGUGGUUCACCACUUGUGGAGGAGAUCGUUCUACAAGACAUGUUCAGGAGCUGCACGCUUCAACGACAUCCUUGUUGUUUUAGGACUUUGGAUGUAUUAGUCAUGUAUUAGUGUUUUUCUUAUUCUCUUUCAACUCAUGUACUUAGUACCACUGUCCAAAUGCAACGACAUUGCAUUUGAGGGGGGGUGUUAAGGGUAGUAUAGUCAUAUCCCUCUAUCUAGGGUUCCCUCAUGUACUCUAUAUAUAUUCACCCCUAUGGGCCUCAAUACAACUGAUCCAUACAUUCUCCCUUUCUCAUUCGUAACAGGUGCAACAUAUAUACAUACCAUAUGAUUUAACGGAUUAUUCUUACCAUGUCUUCAUUAUCAAAGUUGAAGUUAAACUUUUAUCGGUUGAAUGAAUACUUCUAAGGCCCUCUGAAUGGUUUGAAUGUGCUUUAUGGCAUUUCUUGCACUAUUUUUUUUUGGUAUUUCAAAGUUUCUGCGAUAAAUGUGUAAUGUUUGUUUACCAAGAGUGGUAUUACUGUUGUCUUCUACCCUCAAUUAAUUGGUGAUUGAUUUUUCAGUUUGCUUUGCCUGUUCCAGAAAGGAAAACCAUGAAUAUCUGCACGUGCAGCAGCACACUAUCGGAAGUCUCAGGCAACCAUCCACAUGCGUGCAGCCUCAAGACAUGUGGAGACUAGUCCAGAAGCUGAAGGCUGGAGGCAGACUCAGGCCUCAUUUGAAGGCAUCUGAAGACAACAAUCGGAGUAUCAUGUUGAUGAUAUAACUGUUGUCAGUUCUGUGCAAAGUUCAACAUGGGCAUUGUUGCAGGCCAAUAUCCCGGCUGUUAGAGUGGAGGGUCCACUCUAUUUACCAGCCCAAUUAAUGCGCUUCUGAAGACAAGACAUACUCAUUGGCUUCAGUAAUAAUGGAGAAAAGAAGGAAAUAGACCAACAAUGAUAGCGCUAAAAUAUUGGGAGUUGAACCUUUGCAUGCAAUUUGACGAGUUUUUGUGUUCGGUUGGGUUUUUGUGGACGAAUCGUGGUUAGAUUCAAGUAUCUCUUUUCGUCAUGUUUGUACCUUUUGAUUUUUCACCUUUUAAUUCUGAUUUUAAGAUUUAAGAUUUGCAGGAGAAAUUAUAUUACUGAUUUGUUUGAUUACUCUA